AGUGCACGUGCGUUUUUGUUUGCAUCAAUGCAUGUGUAUCACUUUUUCGGCCCAGUGAAAAAUUGUUUUUUUUUUAGUCGUUUUUUCUUCAGUACUCAGUUGUAAUAGUACCCUAAUGCCGAAGAAUAAGGGUGGUGGUGGAGGAGGAGCCAAAGGUGGCGGAGGAGGAGCCAAAGGGGGUGGAGGUGGCGCUAAAGGGAAAGGAGGAAAAGGGAAAUCAGGCGGUGCUGCAGCUGCAGGCGAUGAUGACGGAGGUGGGAAGCAAAAGAAGGGCGGAACAGCUGUCAAGGUGAGGCACAUUCUUUGUGAGAAGCACUCCAAAUGUAUGGAGGCCAUGGAGAAACUCCAGUCAGGGGUGCGGUUCAAUGUGGUAGCUGAGCAGUACAGUGAAGACAAGGCAAGACAAGGGGGGGACCUCGGUUGGAUGACAAGGGGGUCUAUGGUUGGACCUUUUCAGGACGCGGCCUUCGCGCUAGCCAACAGCUCACCAGAUAAACCUAUUUACACAAAUCCCCCCGUCAAGACGAAAUUCGGCUAUCACAUCAUCAUGGUUGAAGGAAAGAAAUGACACAUACAAAGACAUCAUCAUGUUAAUGUGGUAUAUCAUAACUCUUUUACUGAUUGUGUUUACAUGCAUCAGCUUGACAAAGACAGUAAACCUGAGUCUGGUUAAUUAUAUGUACAAUAGAAGACCUGAUGUGUUGUGGGCAUCUCAGAGGCCUAGGGUACUCUUUGUUAUUUUAAUUUAGUAUUCAUAAAUACCUAAGACUAGUUUACCCAUUCCUAUUGGUCGAGAGCCUGCAAUGUGGAUGGUUUUAAACGGUUGAUAAAACACUGGCUGGUUUUUCCAGUGUCGCAUGAAAUCUGGACUCCUAUUAAAUCCGGUGCCAGUACCGUUUUAUUGAUUGAACGUUCACAAUCCUCACGUAGGCAUGUGCAAACUACCGGUCAGUUAGUAUUUCGUACAUGUAGUCCUAAAUACACACUACACAUACCGGCACAGCUGCGUUCUGUGCCACGUCACGCAGGUAGUACACGUGAGGCGUGCGCUACUUUCCAUGUAAGGAGUUGUUUAUGACUUCUCGCGAGAGAGGGCCAUACCAUAGCAUAGCUAGUGUGGUGUUUCGAAAAACAUGAAGUAAAUGUUGAACAAAACACUUGUUGUGACUUUUAGACCGAAAAGUAAAAAAAGAAGAAGAAAUUGCCGAGAAUCAAUUUAUGAAUGGAAAUAAAUAUGUGCUUGUCCGGUAUUAAACACUAUGUUUAAGACCAUUUGGAGUCUGGAUGCUGAAAAUGACCCUCGCCCUCUGCUGGGGUCAUUAUUAGCAUCCAGACUCCAACCGGUCUUACACAUACAUAUGUACAUUGUAGUGUUUAAAAUCGGCCAAGCACAUAUGUAUUCCCUUAAAAAAGUUAAGAUAAAUGCGCAAAAGGUUCACUUUGCCACUUCACUUGAAGCGAUACAAAACCAUUGCCCUUUCACUAUUCCAUAACGGAUAUUUCUAUAGUUUUCAAUCAAAUACAUAACUAUGUGCCUUGUAGUUCUAAAGUGCCGUGUCCAGAAAACUUAAUACAAUCACACAACGACUUUUUUAUUGACGAAGCUUUUUAACAAUUUACUGAUUGAUUUCCAAAUUUUUGGCCUGUAGCUUUUUGUGUCAUACGUGUAUGUAUUACAUGUAUAUGAUCGGUAAGUUCAAGUGAAAAUAAAGAGAAAACAACAUGAUCUUUAAAGGUAAUAUUACAACAUUUGCUUCUACCCAGCUGUAAUUUUCAGAAAUGGAUGGUUUUCGGGGUUACAUGUACUAUUUGAUAGGAAAUAUUACACCGAUCUGUUCAAAGUUUUGUGUUCAUAGACGCUGGGAACACCAAGGAAAAAAUGCUGUUCUUGUAGUCUAAAACCCUGACCCUACUUCUGAUGAAACAGAGCAAUUUAUAGACGUCAGGGAAUUGUCAGCAGGUUUGGGAACCAGACUGGAUGGCUUGCACCCAUUCACGGAUGUGUAACCGUUUGAAAACAAAAUGUGGAAUAACUAAAUUUGGUAAAAAUUUGAGGUAAGCCCCCUAGUAUUUGAAGGAAUUCAGUUUUUUUAUACAAAAAUUCAACUUUUCUCGAAAAAGACAGCACACCAGGUGCCAUGAUUUCACAGGAUGUUACAUGUAUUUACUUACUGUCAAGUAAGGUAUUUCAUAAUAAUUCGGUAGCUUUGUUUUUUGAUGUUUGCAGAUGUUGUAUAUGGCAUUUAACAUAGCGAGAAGAUACAUUGUAAAUAUUGUCGGUUUAAUACCCUGACUCAGAUUAUUAAAUGAGAAUUUACCACAUGUCAAGUAACUUUAA